AUGGUCUAUGGAACGUGGCUCGUGGCAGCUUCGAAGCCUACCGGUGGCCUGCGGCCCAUUGCAGUGGGCAGCACCCUCAGACGACUCACGGCCAAGAUUCUUCUGUCGAGAGUCAGGGGAGGGGCCGCUGCUUACCUACGCCCUCGCCAGCUGGGUUUUGCGACCGCUGGAGGGGCAGAGAUCGCAGUCCACUCGACGCGCACCUAUUUGGCGGAAAACGGUAGCGCAAUGGCCUUGAAGAUUGACUUCAAGAAUGCAUUCAACAGCCACCGACGGGAUACGAUGCUGAGAGCGGUCCACCAGAAGUUCCCCGAGAUCUAUCCUAUGGUCUCGCAGGCCUACCGGCAACCAACUCCGAUAUCGUUUGGCGACACCUUGAUCCAGUCGCGCACUGGUAUUCAGCAAGGUGACGUGUUCUCGAGUCUCAUUUUCUCGUUGGUGGUUCACCCGACUCUGGAAUCCCUCCGUAGUGAGGUUGUCUUAGGCUACCUGGAUGACUUCACUCUCCUCAGCAAAGAUCCCCAGGUCAUUCUCGAAGAUGUGCAGCGCAUAAGGGACAGCUACGGCUCCCAUGGACUCGAUAUUCAGCCUACCAAAUGUGAAGUCUUCGUCCAGGGCUUCCCGUCUGAAGUCACAGCUCGCAUGCAUAGCCGCGUCUUGGAGUCCCUUCCGGGAUGUCGGCUCAUAACUGAGCAGUCGAAGCUGGAGCUACUGGGUGCCCCGGUCUUCGUGGCAGGCGUACCGCCGGCGCUGCAGAAGAAGGCAGAAGCGUAUGAUCUCAUUUUUCGCAGGCUCGCAUUUGUGGGCAGCCACGUGGCUGCGUACAUUCUGCAGCGGGCGGCUGGAGUUCCUAGGCUGAACUACCUGCUGCGGGCCAGCCCAGCCUUUUCAGUUCACGAGGAACUUGCGCGUAUUGACGAUCAAUUCGCAGCGGCGUUUGAGGCCAUCCUUAAAACUUCCCUUACUGGGGAUGCCCUCACUCAGCUCAGCCUCCCGACUUCAACCGGCGGUAUGGGUAUUCCUAUGCCCACCGCAGUUGCAACAUUGGCGUUCGCUGCGUCGUGUCAUGCGGCACUGCCCGAGGUCCGGGAUAUUCUGGGGGACGCCUCCAAGAAUAUUCAUCUUAUGGAUUCUGCUGUGGAGGCCUUCGCCACACGCUAUGGUGCUGCACCACCGGAGGAAGACCGCCAUCGACAGUCCGAGUGGGCCGGAAUCGCCAACGAGCACACACUGUCUA